AUGCGUUUCCAACCACUUAGCGUUCUGGCUAUUCCCGUCGUCGUUGCUGCUGCUUCAACAAGCAACACUGCUCUGCCCUCUCUCAGAGUACCGGAGUGCCCUCGCUACGGCGUAGCCACCAUCAAUAAAUCCGAUCCGGACCGUACACCAUUCCCACUCACGACAGCAUCACUAUGCUACAGCGCGACAUCCCUUGAAAUCAAAUUCGAAGCCUACAACGAAACAAACUUCUACUUCAACGCUAGCCAAUCAACCAACGACAAUAUCUGGGAAUACGAAGUAAUGGAAGCCUUCAUCUACCACGGCACCAACGAUCCAACGACCUACCUCGAGUUUGAAGUUAACCCCAACAAUGCCACUUAUCAAGCCUUUGUCUACAACCCUUCCAAGAUUCGCGCGGCAGGUGCGCCCUUUGAUCAUUUCUUUAUAACUGAUCCGGCGGCCGACGGUUUCUCGGCCUCAACUACUUUGGACCCGGGGGCGCAGACUUGGACUUCGACGGUGCAGAUUCCCAUGGCUUUGUUUAAUGUUGAUGUGCCCAGGGGCUCGUUGUGGCGGAUGAACUUCUUCCGUACGAUUACUUCGCCGGAUACAUAUCCUGAUCAGAUACUCGGUGCGUGGAGCCCAACUAGUCAGGCUAGCUUCCAUAUGACCCCGUUCUUCGGCCAUGUGGUGUUCGUCUAG